AUGGCCUCGAUCGACGAGAAGACGCUCGACUGGACACAUGAAGAUCCACCAAUGUCCACGCCUCUCGAAGACGUGACUCAGUACUGGCUGACAGACUGCAUCAGUACCUCACUUUCGCCGUCUCGCCACCUUCUCACUCCCGGGAAUAUUGACGCAAACGGAAAUCCGGCAUGGCAUAUCCACAAGCCACUCGGCUUGAACUGGAUUCUCAAGGAAGCUGCUCCUGUACCAGAGGUAUGGACCGAGACCGCGGGAAACCUGAAGUCCUUCCGACAGCAUGACGAAGGAGGACGUUCUACCGCCAUGCAGAGACCGGAAGCCCUGUUAUAG